GGUGACGUCACGACCCCUUCACGGGUAAAGGGGAAACGAAACGGUCGACUCGGUGACCAGCUGUGGCCGAGGCUCUUUGACUUCUCCCGGCGUGGAUGGCGAAACCGCAGUGACACGAGUGGACACUUGAAGCUGAGUUUUGUUGUGUCGUGUCAACCGAACGUGGACGGAGAAGAAGAAGAAACACGACAUGUCGGCCUCCGCUAUAUUCGUGUUGGACCUGAAGGGGAAGGUUUUGAUUUGUCGAAACUACAAGGGCGAUGUGGACAUGGCGGAGAUCGACCACUUUAUGUCUUUACUCAUGCAGCACGAGGAGGACGGGCUUAUCUGUCCAGUAAUGUCACACGGAAACGUUCACUUCAUGUGGAUCAAGCACAGCAACCUUUACUUGGUGGCCACCACAAACAAGAACUCCAACGCCUCCCUGGUGUACUCAUUUCUCUACAAACUAGUCGAGGUCUUCACAGAGUAUUUCAAAGAGCUGGAGGAGGAGAGCAUUCAGGAUAAUUUUGUGGUCGUCUAUGAGCUGCUGGAUGAGCUGAUGGAUUUUGGAUUCCCUCAGACGACUGACAGCAAGAUCCUACAGGAAUACAUUACCCAAGAAGGUGCCAAGCUCGAGGUGGCAAAGAGCAAGGUGCCGACAACUGUCACCAAUGCUGUCUCCUGGAGGUCAGAGGGCAUCAAGUACAAGAAGAACGAGGUGUUUAUCGAUGUCAUUGAGUCCAUCAACGUGCUGGUGAAUGCUAACGGCAGUGUGAUGAGCAGUGACAUUGUGGGCAGCAUCAAGCUGAAAACCAUGCUCUCUGGGAUGCCUGAACUGCGCCUGGGCCUCAAUGAUCGAGUACUUUUUGCCCUCACUGGACGUGACAAAGGGAAGACGGUGGUGAUGGAAGACGUUAAAUUUCACCAGUGUGUCCGUCUCUCACGUUUUGAGAGUGAUCGCACAAUCUCCUUCAUCCCUCCAGACGGGGAAUCUGAGCUCAUGUCUUACCGCAUCAAUACUCAUGUGAAGCCUCUGAUAUGGAUCGAAUCAGUCAUAGAGAAGUUUUCUCACAGUAGAGUGGAAAUCAUGGUGAAGGCAAAGGGGCAGUUUAAAAAACAGUCAGUGGCAAAUAAUGUGGAGGUGAGGGUCCCAGUUCCCAGUGAUGCUGACUCACCUAAGUUCAAAACCAGCACAGGCCAUGCCAAGUAUGUGCCUGAGAAGAACCUAGUGGUGUGGACCAUCAAGUCUUUCCCUGGGGGCAAAGAGUUUCUAAUGAGAGCUCAUUUCGGUUUGCCUAGUGUGGAAAAUGAGGAGCUUGAGGGCAAACCUCCAAUAACAGUCAAAUUUGAAAUCCCCUACUUCACAGUCUCAGGAAUACAGGUGCGAUAUAUGAAGAUCAUAGAAAAAAGUGGCUACCAGGCUUUGCCCUGGGUCCGCUAUAUUACACAGAGUGGAGAUUACCAGCUGAGGACCAAUGUAUAAAACUUGGAGGAAUACACUGCUAUGUAUGACUCACUUCCAGGACUCCCGGAGGAGCGUCAAUAAUCACUUUAACUGUUGACUGAAAGAAUGUCUUCAAAAUUUCACCUGUUCUUUAAAAUGUCAAAUGUUUAUGAAGUCUGUGUGUAGCUUGAUUUUAGUGUUUUUACUGUGAUCACUGUUAAUUAUUGAAAUGCUUAAUGAUUCCCAUUUAAACAAAAAAAUUGUUGUGUA